AUGUCUGCACUUCCGAAUUCUACUGAUCUCGAGAAUCCAAAAGUCGAUCUUAAGGCUAUCGACAAACUCAAUACUCCAAACCCCGAUGUCGCCGAAGUAAAGUUCAAAUAUGUAGAGAGCUACAUGUUUCGGGGGAUGGAAUUCCAGCAGCUAGCAAAAUAUGUAAAAUGGAAGGACGAUGAGAGAGAUGUGUAUGCCGAAGGUCAUAAUGGCCAUGUUAUCGGGGAUUGGUGGCCUUAUCCACUUGGCUACCAGAGAGAUAGGGCACAUGCGUUCAUAGAUAGGGGGACAGGUGGAAAGGCUGGUGUGGGAGCUGUAUCUAUCGUCUUGGGGCCUGGUGGUGGCAAGAAUAAGGGCUACGAGAACAAGGACUAUGGUGACAAAAUUUUCUAUCUCGCGGACAAUACGGAUUUGAUGGAUUUGAGCUUUUUUGGAAAGAACACAGCGGGCACAUGUAUUCGAGUUAUUCGUGGAGCAAACUCUAAAUCUAUUCACGCGCCGCCGGUUGGUUUCAGAUAUGAUGGGCUCUAUAAGAUCACUGUCAAGAUUCCCAUCGCAGGAAAGUCUUGGUACGAACUCGAACGGCUUGAAAACCAGAAACCUAUGAAUAAGUUGCACCCAACAGACGAGGAAGUUGAUGAAUUCUACAAACAGAAUAGCCGGAUUGGUGUAAACUGA